GGGGUGACGUGCCGGGGAUCGCUAGUUGCCGGCUCUCACUCACUCCAGCGCUUCAGUUUGGUGCUGAGGAACAAGCCGGGCGGCCGACGGAUGUCCGAAUAGAAAGCAAGCGACUCAGUUCUGUGGGGGGGACCGGCGGAGCCCGCAGGCCUCAAAGUCAUGUUCAAGUGUGAAAAACGGCAAAAAGUCGGCAACGAGUUCUUUAUCAAGUCCAUUGGCGACGGCACCGCCGAAAAGCGCAGAACCACGUUUUUCAGAGUCGGUAUCAGCUUAGGGAUCCUCUCUGCUCAUUUUGGGGGGACAAGGAUUCUUGACCAGAAACCCCACACGUUGGACAUGGGGAAGGAUUACUACAAGAUCCUGGGACUCGCCUCUGGCGCCAACGAGGAUGAGAUCAAGAAGGCGUACCGCAAGAUGGCGCUGAAAUACCACCCGGACAAGAACAAGGAUGCCAACGCCGAGGAUAAGUUUAAGGAGAUCGCAGAGGCCUAUGAUGUCCUGAGUGACCCCAAGAAAAGGGCUGUGUACGACCAGUAUGGGGAGGAAGGGCUGAAGACAGGCGGCGGAUCUACUGGUAACACCGGCAGUUCUUUCCAUUACACCUUUCACGGCGACCCCCACGCCACAUUCGCGUCUUUCUUCGGCGGAUCCAAUCCCUUCGAUAUCUUCUUCGGUUCGAGCCGCUCCCGGAUGUCGAACGGGUUUGACCACGAAGACAUGGAUAUCAAUGAAGACGAGGACGACCUGUUUGGGGGAUUUGGCCGGUUCGGUUUCAGCGGCGUGAAUGGGUUCCACAAGCGACACCAGGACCAGCUGCACUCUCGGCGCAAGGUGCAGGACCCGCCCGUGGUGCACGAGCUGAAGGUGUCGCUGGAGGAGAUUUACCACGGCUGCACCAAGCGCAUGAAGAUCACGCGGCGGCGCUUGAACCCAGAUGGCCGAACGGUGAGAACGGAGGACAAGAUCCUUAAUGUGGUCAUCAAGAAGGGCUGGAAGGAGGGGACCAAGAUCACCUUCCCAAAGGAGGGAGACGCCACCUCCGAAAACAUCCCGGCGGACAUUGUGUUCCUACUCAAGGACAAGCCCCACGCCCUCUUCAAGCGCGAUGGGUCCAACAUCGUGUACACGGCCAAGAUCACCUUGAAAGAGGCCCUGUGUGGCUGCACUGUGAACAUUCCCACCAUCGAUGGGCGGGUCAUCCCGCUGCCCUGUAGUGAUGUCAUCAAGCCUGGCGCGGUGAAGCGGCUGCGGGGCGAGGGGCUGCCCUUCCCUAAAGUGCCCAAUCAGAGGGGAGACCUAAUCGUGGAGUUUCAGGUGCGCUUCCCUGACAGAAUACCUCAGCCCACCCGCGAACUCCUCAAACAGCACUUGCCCUGUUCCUAGUGGCUACUGGCCCAGUGGCCCCCGUGGCCCAAGCAAUACUGACCGGUGCCAAGUCCUCGUGCUGAAACUCUCUCUCCACUCACGGAGCCGGAAUCUCUGGUUUGUUUGUACUGUCGCCGACGCUCACUCUAUGCAGAAUUACUGCCCCCCCCCGGGGCUAAUCCGGAACAUUAACCUCACACGUCAACCUGGAAACUAUGGUACCGGAACAUUAUCCUCACACAUCACCCUGGGAACUAUGGUACCGGAACUGUAUUCCUAAAGGGCAGAACCGGAACAUUAACCUCACACAUCACCCUGGGAACUAUGGUACCGGAAUGAUAUUCCUAAAAGGGCAGAACCCGGAACAUUAUCCUCACACAUCACCCUGGGAACUAUGGUACCGGAACUGUAUUCCUAAAGGGCAGAACCCGGAACAUUAUUCUCAAACAUCACCCUGGGAACUAUGGUACCGGAACGAUAUUCCUAAAGGGCAGAACCGGAACAUUAACCUCACACGUCACCCUGGGAACUAUGGUACCGGAACGAUAUUCCUAAAGGGCAGAACCGGAACAUUAACCUCACACGUCACCCUGGGAACUAUGGUACCGGAAUGAUAUUCCUAAAGGGCAGAACCGGAACAUUAUCCUCACACAUCACCCUGGGAACUAUGGUACCGGAACAUUAUCCUCACACAUCACCCUGGGAACUAUGGUACCGGAACUGUAUUCCUAAAGGGCAGAACCGGAACAUUAACCUCACACAUCACCCUGGGAACUAUGGUACCGGAAUGAUAUUCCUAAAAGGGCAGAACCCGGAACAUUAUUCUCAAUCAUCACCCUGGGAACUAUGGUACCGGAACUGUAUUCCUAAAGGGCAGAACCGGAACAUUAUCCUCACACAUCACCCUGGGAACUAUGGUACCGGAACUGUAUUCCUAAAGGGCAGAACCGGAACAUUAUCCUCACACAUCACCCUGGGAACUAUGGUACCGGAACUGUAUUCCUAAAGGGCAGAACCCGGAACAUUAUUCUCAAACAUCACCCUGGGAACUAUGGUACCGGAAUGAUAUUCCUAAAAGGGCAGAACCCGGAACAUUAUUCUCAAACAUCACCCUGGGAACUAUGGUACCGGAACUGUAUUCCUAAAGGGCAGAACCGGAACAUUAUCCUCACACGUCACCCUGGGAACUAUGGUACCGGAAUGAUAUUCCUAAAGGGCAGAACCGGAACAUUAACCUCACACGUCACCCUGGGAACUAUGGUACCGGAACAUUAUCCUCACACAUCACCCUGGGAACUAUGGUACCGGAACUGUAUUCCUAAAGGGCAGAACCGGAACAUUAACCUCACACAUCACCCUGGGAACUAUGGUACCGGAAUGAUAUUCCUAAAAGGGCAGAACCCGGAACAUUAUUCUCAAUCAUCACCCUGGGAACUAUGGUACCGGAACUGUAUUCCUAAAGGGCAGAACCGGAACAUUAUCCUCACACAUCACCCUGGGAACUAUGGUACCGGAACUGUAUUCCUAAAGGGCAGAACCGGAACAUUAUCCUCACACAUCACCCUGGGAACUAUGGUACCGGAACUGUAUUCCUAAAGGGCAGAACCCGGAACAUUAUUCUCAAACAUCACCCUGGGAACUAUGGUACCGGAAUGAUAUUCCUAAAAGGGCAGAACCCGGAACAUUAUUCUCAAACAUCACCCUGGGAACUAUGGUACCGGAACUGUAUUCCUAAAGGGCAGAACCGGAACAUUAUCCUCACACGUCACCCUGGGAACUAUGGUACCGGAACUGUAUUCCUAAAGGGCAGAACCGGAACAUUAUCCUCACACGUCACCCUGGGAACUAUGGUACCGGAACUGUAUUCCUAAAGGGCAGAACCGGAACAUUAUUCUCAAACAUCACCCUGGGAACUAUGGUACCGGAACUGUAUUCCUAAAGGGCAGAACCGGAACAUUAACCUCACACAUCACCCUGGGAACUAUGGUACCGGAAUGAUAUUCCUAAAAGGGCAGAACCCGGAACAUUAUUCUCAAACAUCACCCUGGGAACUAUGGUACCGGAACGAUAUUCCCAAAGGGCAGAACCGGAACAUUAUACUUGAAACAUCAAAACCGGGACGUUAUUCUGGAAAAACCAGUGGUUCCGGAGCGUUAUCUGCGCGUUACCUCUGCACGAGCCCAACAGGCCACUUCCCAACAUGGCGACUGCCUAGAACUCAAGGAUUUGGACUCUCACAGACAAUUUUAUGGGUUUUUAAUUGUGACACGAACUUUAUGUAAAUGUAAGAAUUUUUUUUUUUUUUUUAAAGAAGUUUGUAAAUAUAAUUUAAAAUUUGGCCGGAAAUUUUACCAUUUCUACCUGCUGAGCCGAAAUAAAUGAGAAAGGAUCCUGGA